CUCAUACUCAAACUCAGCAGCAUCAAGACCACGCCUUUCUCACCAAAUCCGUUAUUGAAGUGGCUCGCAAUUGACAUUACAUAUUUUCUAUUUUGUAUUGCAAAUAUGUCGACUGCCAAGCUGUAUCCUCCGUCUAGAAACGGCCCCAAAUCAGCAAACCCUCUUCCGCAGCUCGUCCAAACACCCUCUGGGUUGGCCCUCCUGGAGCUCCAAGGCACAGUUAAUCUGCCCGAAGAUGCCGAAGGCCAAACAAUGGGCAACAUCGAAAUCGGUAGGAUUGACUUUCCGGAUUACGUCCCGGAUGCGGUGGGUUCGGCAUGGAUGAGUCGAGUCCAUCUCUUUGUCGGGCAACAUCAGCGCUUGAACGGCGAAGUCAAGAAGUUGCCGAAAGCUGUUGCUGUAGUGCAACGCAGGCAGAACAAGGUGACGACAGGGUCGGGCGGGGAGGUGCAGGAGCAGGGUGAAAACCUCGAGGUGGUUGAGAUCGUCAAGUACAAGUUGAUUUUCUCGAACCGGCCAGAGCCAGUGGGAACUGCCAACGCACCUUGAAGAUUUUUGAGAUUUCAACAUGGCAACAAAACCGCCAACUGUUUGAAUCGCUCUGUCGGUUGACCCUGGCUCUCACAAUCAUGAGAUUACGAGGCGAUCAUGAACACAUCAUGGGAGCAGUGUCCAGGCUCAGGACGUUGCCUCUGGACGAAAGAGCCGACAGAGGCGUGUAUCUCGGU